AUGAAUACUGUUGAUUUGAUCUUUGGAUUGCUUUUUCCAGCUCAAACUGCAAUUGGAGUGGUGGGGAAUAUGUUUCUUCUCAUAGUCUAUUCCCCCACAUCCUGGACUGGCCAAGCACUGCAGCCCACGCACCUGAUUCUCACCCACAUGGCUGUGGCUAACUUCUUGGUGCUUCUCUUCAAGGGGAUUCCCCACACAAUGUUAAUCUGGGGAAUGACAACUUUGCUGGGAAACGUGGAAUGCACACUUGUCUAUUAUGUUCACAGAGUGGCCCGGGGCCUUUCUCUCUGCACAACUUGCCUUCUUAGUAACGUUCAGGCCAUCACCAUCAGCUCCAGACAUGGAAGGUGGAUUAGACCAAAAGACCGAGCUUGGAGGAAUAUCAGUUUCUCCUGUGUUCUGUGUUGGAUCUUCAACUUGCUGACAAAUACCUUUAUUCCUAUAGAUAUUUGGGGCCUUCAACAUACACACAAUUCUACAAAACAAUGGAAAUAUAGUCUAUGCUCUUGUAAGAGUUCUGAAACAUCUUCAAAGUAUACAUUUCUAUUGACUUUCCCGGAUGUUUUGUUCCUGGGACUCAUGGCUCAGGCCAGUAUCUACAUGGUACUUUUCCUAUAUAGACAUCAGCAGACAGUGAAGCAUAUCCACACGGGAAACAACUCCCACAGAUUCUCUCCAGAGGCAAAAGCCACCCAAAGCAUCAUAUGUCUAGCAAGUACCUUUAUUUUGUUCUAUUUAAUCAAUUCGAUGGUUACAAUUUACAUUUCAGGUUUUUCAAAACAUCUUAUCUUGCUCCAGCAUAUGACUGCAUUCCUGGCAGCCUGCUAUCCCACCAUCAGCCCACUGAUAGUGAUGCUUUGA